AUGCCCUCCCUCCGCCGCUUCACCCGCACCAGCGCCGCUUUCGCCCGCACUGCUACACGCCCCCACUCCGCAGCAGCUCACCCCCACCUCUUUGGCUCGUCCAUCGCAGCCCGCGCCAUGUCGUCCGCCGUCGCAAAGCGCCUCGAAGGCAAGACCGUUGUCGUCACCGGCGCCAGCUCCGGCAUUGGUCGCAGCACCGCCCUCGAGUUCGCCCGCACGAGCCCCAAGGACCUGCGCCUGGUCCUGACCGCGCGCCGCAUCGACGCCCUCAAGCAGCUUGCCGACGACAUCAAGAAGGAGGUUGGCGACGGCGUCAAGGUGCUUCCCGUGCAGCUGGACGUCAGCAACCCGUCCGAGGUCAAGAGCUUCGUCCCCAAUCUGCCCCAAGAAUGGAAGAACAUUGAUGUGCUGGUCAACAAUGCCGGCCUUGUCAAGGGCGUUGCCCAAGCCCCCGAGAUUGCCGAGGAGGACAUCAACGUCAUGUUCCAGACCAAUGUCACCGGCUUGAUCGGCAUGACCCAGGAGGUCCUGAAGCUUUACAAGUCGCGCCCCGACGGCGGCAAGGGAGACAUCAUCAACGUCGGCAGCAUUGCGGGCCGCGAAGGCUAUCCUGGCGGUAGCAUCUACUGCGCCACAAAGGCCGCCGUGCGCACUUUUACCGAUUCCCUCCGGAGAGAGCUCAUCUCCACCCGCAUUAGGGUGAUUGAGGUCGACCCGGGCCAGGUCGAGACGGAGUUCUCCGUUGUCCGCUUCUACGGCGAUAAGUCCAAGGCCGAUGCCGUUUACAAGGGCGUUGAUCCUCUGACCCCCGAUGACAUUGCCGAGGUCAUUGUCUUCGCUGCCGGUCGCCGGGAGAACGUCGUCAUCGCCGAUACGCUCAUCUUCCCUAACCACCAGGCUGGUGCCGGCGGCGCAAUGUACAGAAGACCAACGAAAGACACGAAGAUGUAG